GUAUAGUGUUCAUGUAAUCUUGUUUCACUAACACAAAGACGUUUGACUUGGUCGGGUCUGUGGAGCCGUCAGCUGGCAGUAGUGACUUCUGUUUUAAAGGGUCCAACAAGAAACCAGUAACUUAUCUUCUGUUGUGUUGUGGGUGUCAUAGUGGAGGUAACGACUUCGAACAUUUAAAUCACCACAUAUACACUUCAAUUUUCAAUACACGUCAAUUUUCAGUUGAUUUUAAACAGAUUUGGAAUGACGUGUGAUUUGAAAAAUUGCUCUGAAGAAGAAAAAAGUGUUUCCAUAAUUGGAAGGAUUCGUAACUUUGAAAGAUGAAAUCUCACAAAGAAUAUGACAAAAAGUUCAUAAUUAAAUUGUGCAUGGUGUUAUACAUAUGAGUGACAAGCCAAUUGUGGAAUUGAAACUGACAGGUUUUAAAAAGAAAAGUGCUAUGAAGCUGUUAGUGAAGUUAAAUGUAGCUUUGAAGAUAAACAGUUGUGAUCUUUUUUGAAUGAAAAGCUGUUGGUCAUAGCACGUUGAACCGGCGUGGAUUAAUCUGUCAGGAUGCUAAGCAGUUAUUUUGUGGACGUUGACAAGCGUAGGACCUCGAGUUUCAGGAGGCCGAGAAUGGAUGAUGAUGACUACCGCACAGAAAGCGAAGUGGAGUAUGACAGUGACCAUGAUGACCAGGAUGCUGAGCAGGAACUUGGACAAUGGAUAGGACAGCUGGAAUCCCUGAAAAUGGAAGGCCCUCCUGCACACAAGUGCUUGGAGCCAGGGGAUACCGGAACAGUUCGGAGAAGAAACAAAACUGUGGUGACACCUAAGAUGGCGAUGGAGAGUUUUCGUUUUUCUUUCCUGAAUUCUGAUGAAGCCCAGGAUGUGAAUUUCGAUGCAAUUCUCGGGGAAUUAUGUGAAUUGGAAACACAACUAAGCACAACGCAAUCAGAGCUCUCUCGGUCACAUGGUUCGGGAAUGUCAUCGGGGCUUGCAAAGGACGAACAUCGAGACAGCGGCAACGACUUAGCGCAGGCGGAACUUGACGCGCUGGCGACGGAAAUUACUCAAACCUUUGGAUAUAGGCAUAGUGUGCAAUAUGGUGGCGAUCAUGAAUUUCUUCAUGGAAAUUUUAUAUCAAAACAUGGAUCAUGUUCAGAUCUUACCGGUGAAACAGAUUCAGCUUUCUCGGAAAAUGCUUCACUUCCAUCAUCCGAAUCUUUUACGUCAAUGGUUACUGUGUCCUCCUCGGCAGAGACAUCUAGUGGAGGGGACACGAGUAGCACGGCCAGCAGCGCGAGUACGAUUACACCACUGUCAAUGCAAGCCUCGGAGAUGCAUGAGAUGCUGAUGUCACAAUUAAGUUUGUAUGAGGAGCAGCUAGAAUUGGAAAACCACCCCCUUGAAGAACAAAGAGCUCGCAUAAAAGCUGAAAAGAUCCGCAUUGCACUGGAAAAAAUUAAAGAAGCAAAGAUACGAAAGCUGUUCGUCCGAGCAUUUGCCAAAGAUGGGAGUAGUAAAAGUAUUCUUGUGGACGAGAAGAUGUCCAUUGGUCAAGUUUGUAGCACGCUGGCCGAUAAAAACCAUGUCCGGGUCAACUCCAAGCUGUCUGUUGUUGAACACAUGCCAGAUCUAUUUAUGGAGAGGAUACUAGAGGACCACGACUCGUUGGUGGAAAACAUGGUGAUGUGGACCCGCGACAGUAAAAAUAAAAUCAUGUUUGAGGAACGUCAGGAAAAAUAUGACUUGUUUCGAAGACCAGAGAAAUACCUACUUGUGAGUUCUUCAUCAGAGAAAGGAGCCUCCCUCGAUCCAAGUAAACGCCAAAGACUUAUUUAUGAAUUUUUCACAGGAGGUGCCCAGGUGCCAGAAGUGGAGGGUGUGAUGUAUCUCAAAUCUGAUGGCAAGAAGGCCUGGAAGAAAUUCUUCUUUGUUCUGAGGGCUUCAGGUCUCUACUAUAACCCGAAGGGCAAAAUCAGCAAGUCGUCCAAGGACCUAACCUGUCUCGUUCAGUUUGACUUUGUGGAUGUGUACUUCGGCCUCGGCUGGAAGAAAAAAUACCAUGCACCUACUGAUCAUUGUUUCGCCCUCAAGCAUCCUCAGAUCCAGAAGAAGACGUCAAAAUAUAUCCGCUACUUCUGUACGGAGAACAAGGCUGCGCUGGACCAGUGGGUGAUGGGAAUUAGGAUAGCCAAGUACGGGAAACAACUCUUGGCAAACUAUGAACGUCUCCAGAGGGAAGUGGCUUCUUGGGAUACUCGCGAUCUCCGAAGCAGCAUAUCUGAUGAUUCUGGUGAAGCCAUUCUUAAUUUAAACAUUGAGGGAAAUUUAAAUGACAGCCGGAUCUCUAUGCCCGAGAUCAGCUCACGACAUUCAAUCGUUGCAGUGAAAAAUACAAAUUUAGUACGAAAUAGUUCCGGAAGUGAUAGUACAAUCGUGGAGGAUGAUGUUUCAUUGGAAGUGACAUCAUCGACAACGCAUCAUCAUCAUCAUCAUCAUGAAAGGAAAUCUUCAUUGACAGGACAGCAUUCUAUGGAAAUGGGCGGUAUGCCAAAACAGCCUGUGAAACGUGUGUCCUUUAGCAAUACCCAUAGUGUAAUAAACGCAGACUCGGGCGAAGAGUUGGUUCAUGUACGACAUCGUGAUUCCAUCACUAGUGCAUCGACAGACUCCAGUGAGGAUUCAAAUUCAAGUGGAGAAAACAGACACACCAUGACAUCCUCUAGGAGUAAAAUGCGUGCAAAACUUCCUGUCACAACAGGUACAACAAGACAGAUUUCUGAAAUGUACCAAACUGCUAUGGAGGGCAGUAGUGUGUCGUCGUGUGAUUCUAUGGGUCACGAACGCAAACCAUCAAUAACAAGUCCAGUACAAACACAGGACAAAGAGCGCAGAAAAUCUGCUCCAGUGUUACAUGAGGAUCGUGUGAGGCGACAUGAAAGAAAAGGUUCAGAUGGUAGUCGAGAUAGCCGGGAGAGUCGGGAUAGUCGAGACUCAAAGUCGUUGUCCCAGUCUCUUGAUUAUACUUCUAUCCCCUCCAACCCAUCAUCAAAGAACACUUCCCCACAAAAUCUUCAUGCCCUAAAUAAGGUUCCUCCCUCCCCACCACCUCUCAAAUGUCCUACACAGCCCUACCCUACUUGUCAUCCCGUGAUUCCCCCCUCGCCCUCGUCCUCUAGUCAGGCCCCACCCCUCAAACUCAUGAUGCCAACAUCCCCACCCCCACAGCGUGAGAUGGUGUCUUCUCCGCCCCCUUACAGGGACAUGAUGUCGCCUCCUCCCCAUUCUCCGUAUAGUCGGGAUGAAAUGAUGUCCCCCCCACCCCUUCCUUACUAUGGUAAGUCCCAAGGUAGGGCCCCUCCAGUGCCACCACCCCCAACUUCUAUAAGAAUGCCACAGCCGUUGAUGUCGCCCCCAGUGAAAUCCCGUCCUGCCCCUCCCCAACCACCACAUCAAAACUAUCCACAACAUCCAAAUUACCCCUCACAGCAUUUUCCCCAGCCCCCAUCUCCAGCUCCCAUGCCCUCUCCUCCUGUGUCUGCUAACAAAAGCCCUCCGCCCCCUAUGCCCCCACCUGGACACAUGACAAAGCCACCAUCUCCCUUGCCCCUAUCCCAGCCUCCUUUGCCCCCACCACCAACCUCCAUGCUUCAGACUCAUAUAUCCAUGGCUCAAAGCAAUCUUGCUGAUAGCUCAUCUUCUCACUUGGGUUCUGGCUCGCCCACCCCAUCAACCAUGUCGUCCCCAUCCACCCCCAAGGGAAUGGUACCCAUGCCCCCACCUAUGCCUCUCCUACAAAACCAGUAUGUAGGGGGUCAGUCGGCUUCCGGUAUGGGCCAUAUUCGUCGAUCAUCGAAGUCUGGGUCAGAGACGGUUGGAGCCUCUCCAAGUAAGGCCGCAAUUCCUGUGGCACCUCCAACUCCACCAACUAUCAUAAACCACUCUGUAUCAUCACCAACUGUCAAAAAUCCUAAACACACCCAGGUCAUGUCAACGUCUGACCCUAUGAUGGGUGGUAGUGGGGUCAGAACCUCCCUCCCGGAGUCUACAUCCUCACCUCAGAUACCUCAGCACAUUUACGGUGGACAUCAGGGGUCAUAUCAAAGUGGUCACCAUGGGCCCCAUCAGGGUGGACAACAGGUGCCCUAUUCCUCAGCUUCCCAACAGGAUAACACAAUGUACGACCAAAUACGUGUACGCCCAGGUCCGCAAGCACGAACCACCCACUCCUGUAAUGUACCCCCGCCACCUCCACCAGUCUCCAUGGCGAUGCCCCGUCCCCACAGUUCUGCAGGGGUACGGAGUCAGUCCUCACACUCUGAACAUAUGACCCCUCUGUCACCAUCCCAGGAGGAAGGAAUAUAUGCACAGCAACAACCACUUCCAUUUCUAGCAGAACUAUCCAAGAGACCUCAUCAAAAAAACCGAGGCUCCAAUGGGAAAAUUCCUCCAGCAACUCUGCCGAAACCAACGGAACAAAGCCAAUCAAAAACAUCUAACGGUGCUAGUUAUCAUGGAGGUCCCCAUGGGGGCCCCAAUCAUCAGGGUCAUCCCCACGGGGAGCCUUUGUAUUCACAUGGACAAGGUCAUGCACACCAGGGAUACUCCCAUGGGGAGCCUCACCAUCAGGGGCAACUCCAGGGGGGCCACCAUCAUCCUUCAAAUGGACCAGCAGUGCCACCUAGGCCAAACUCUGUCAACUCUAAUAAAGGGGGAACCACCGACAAUAAAAAACUGUAUCCACCCCCUCCCCCGAAAAGGAGUGAAACUACACGUUUAUCUAGUGAACUACCGGGCCAAAGCGAGGGCUCAGCAGUGUCUAAUAUCGAUCCUAUUUAUGAAACGUUUGAGGAAUGUGAAGGAAUGCUUGAUAUUAAUGACCUACCCCCACCUCCUCCUGAACUGUUAGCAGGGUUAGAUAAUCCCAAGGAUGGAUCUGUAGGUAAAAAGGGGAAACCCCCUCCUCCACCACCCAAACGCAACAAGGAUACACAGUUGACUGUGCAAUGAUAUGAAAAGUGCUAAUCAAUAUUUGUAAUUCACUAAUUAUGUUCGAUCUAGAUCUUUAUCAUAUUUACCUAUAUCAAGAUGCCAAAUUCACUUCUUAUUAAUCAAGCUUCAGAUACAUGUACAGUACUAAUUAUCUCUCUACUUGAAAAAUAGUGUUUUAAUGUACAAAAGUGGUAACCUACAUUCCAAAAUUAUAUAUCAAGAGAUAGAUAUCUACCUGCUGUCUAUUUCUCAAAAAAAUGAACAGUGAAUUAAAGGUCUUGGGAAAUACAAUCUGAAAUGAUCAUACUAAAUUACCUCCCUUUAUUUAGCAAAAAUAUGUUGCUAUAUGAAAUGAAUAUCUUGUACAAAAUUACUUUUCUAAACAGAUGCACAUUUUGCUUUACACAAAGGGAGGUAACCUGAAAAUUUAGACAAGUUAUCAAAAUUGUAAUUUAUGAUAUUAAAACUGAUUUAUACCUUUGAUUUUAAGUGCUAUGACAUCUUACUUAAGGUAAAUAUGAUAUUAACUUGUGCUGUGAGGUCCCAUCAUGUGUGUGCUAGGACACCAAGAGUGUUCAUGGGAGAAAAAUUCUAUUGUGUCAUAGUCCAAAGGGGAUUGAAAUUAUUGCAUCAUAUUACUUAUUGUUCAUUUGCAUCAAAAAUGCAUCAUCAGACUGCAAACAUUUUAUGUACAUUGCAUAUAUAUUUAUAAAUGGUAGAAUUUCAUGGAAUUGUUCUUCAUCUUGGUACAGAAUAUACGUAUUUGAUGUGAAGGUUAGGUGGAUGUUUCAUGAAAUUAUAUUGCCUCUAUACUGCAUCCAUCUCCUUGUAAGGAUGUUGAUACUGUUUAAAUACUGUUUUUUUUUAGCAUAACGUAAACAAAAACAGACAUAUAGAUAAGAUCAUGUAUGUCAGGACCAGUGUGAAUUUUUCAGUAUUUCCUUUGAUAAUUCAUUUUUGUAUACAUUUUUCAAAAGUGGACUCCAAAUUUUUGUUUAUCAGCCGGAAUUUAUAAAUAAAAUACAGGAAAAUGUCAACACUAUAAAAAUUAAAUUUCCAGUUGCAAAUAUACCCAAUAGUUCAUUAAUUUAAAAUGAUUCAUGUGAGAAGCAUAUCAGAUAAGAAGCAAUGUCAUUCAUGGAUUAAUUAAUGCCAUCUGCAGUGAUGGGUAUAUAGUUGUGUUUGUAUGGUGAAUGACACUCCAUGCGAUUCUACCGGACAUUGUGAAACUGUGUGUGCUAUACGGAGAGAAGUGUGUGCUUUUUGCCCUGCAAUAUUAAAUCAUUUUUGAAAUUUUAUUUGAUGAAAAUGUUGAUGUAAACAUUAUAGUGCUAAUUUUUUGAGUGGUGUAUAAAUACAUACCCUGCAUGUUAUCCUAAAACUCUCGGGGACACGCUUAACAAUCAUGAGACGUAUAGCAAUAGUGAUUAUCCAAAUGAAAAAAAAAUAUAUUACACAGAAAUCAUGUUUUUUAGAAAUCAGGAAGUUGACUCUUUAAUGAAGAGAUGAUUUGAAUGAUUUAAUGACAUGGGUGACAGAAUUACUUUUAUGAUUGUCAUUACUCUGUAUCUUUUGGUGCUGAUAAUUAUGGUCUUGUAAUGGUCCAGGGGAGAUAACUGAAUCUCAGAAAACGGUUCCACAAGAAAUAAGAUAACAUGCAGGAUAGAUGGUACCACUUCGUUUGUCUAAGGAAUGAAAGAUGCAUGUAAGUUUUCAUUGUCAUCAAAUUCAUUUCAUUGUAUUAGCAAAUAUCAUGAUCAUGUUUGAAAAUAUUGUCAUAUUUUGAAAGUUGAGUGCAUUAACUAUUGUAUGAAAAGUGAUAUACAUUUUGUUAUGCAGAUUUUGAUAUUAACAUACUCUGUUUCACUCAGUGCAUAUAUGUAUAUGACCAAAUUCAAAAAUAUGUAAAUGAACAAGCUUCUAUCAUUCUACAAACAAAUGAGAAGGGAACCUUCCCUCCAGGGGAAAUAGAACAAUUGAUUUAAAUUAGCAGCUGAUUGAAUUAACAUAUCUAGUUUAUUAUGGUAAAUGUUAGGGGUCAAAGGUCAUAGAAGAUACAGGAUUCUGAAUAAUUAAUUAUCAAAUGAUAAGUUCUUCCAUUAGUGUCUCAUGUGCACUCCUGUAUUGAAUUUUUACCAAAAAUCUAGUUUCCAGCGGAAAUUCAAAACUAGAACAGGCUGAAUGAUAUGUUUUAAAAAUUCAAAUUCUUUUAACAAAGUAAACUAUUAGUAGUUUUGGAGUAUCGCAGUGGUUUGCUUUUAGGGAGUCCAAGUUUUUACUGUUGUAUUUGAUACAAACAUGUGCCAUAGCUAAUCGGACUGACCCGACAAUCAUCGACCAUAAAAGUUUUAACAUUUUAGUUAUUAAAUCAGUUGUUUUACUUUCAAUCAAUGAAGAUGAUACUCCAUUGAACAAGUUUUUAAUUCGUCACUAUUAUUUGUACACCUAGAUACUCGGUUGUUGUGGAUGCAGCAUUCUAGAACAAAAUUAUCGAAUAGAAAUAGUAUACUUGUAUUUGAUAACUUCCUGGUUCAGAUUUGUAUUAAAGCUAUGUAGCAUACAUUGGAAAGCGAGCUCUUACCUUGUGUAGAAAAAUAAAGAGUGUUCCUACCAAUGCAUUUUAAAAAGUUCAGAAAUUUCUUGAAAAGAAAUACAUCCUGGGUAUACUUAAAUUUGAUAACUUUCUGAUUAAGAUUUAUUUUGAUGCUAGGUAUAGCAAACAGCUGUGCUUGUUCAGAAAGGUGUUCAGUUUGUUUAGGAGGAAUGAAGAUAAACAGACAGUCUUUAGUCAGCUGUUCUUAUAUAUAAAUUUAAAAUCCAUUUUUUCAUGCAAGACAUUUUAUGAAUUGACCAAUGAGGAGAAAGAAAUCUUGACAAUUUUGUCCAAUCAAAUUGUACAAAAUAAGAAGCAGCUUGAUUGGCAAAAGCAUUUAUGAUAAACCUGUUGCAGAACAAAAUACUGCUGUUUUAGAUCUGUAUUAUGAUAAAGAUGCAUCGGUCCCUUUUGUAAUAAUUUGUUAUAUGAUAAGUUAAUUAUUAAUCUGUGUAGAAGGAACAAAGUACUUUCUGAUAAUAACCCCAUGUCUGGAAAUAAGCCUAAGUUUCAUGCAAUUCAGUAAACGGGCAAAUUAAUGCAUUUUUUUUUUGUGCUGCAAAAUCCACCAUCCUACUUAAAAGUCGAAGACAAUGUGCUGGCCACUAGCUUGGCUUAACUACAGUGAGACAUGGAAGUUAAAUCUAAUGGAAAUAUUACCAGUGUUUUAUCACAUUUUAACUUGUAAAUUAAUUAUGCAGUUAUAAACAGACCAGUGGUUUGAUAUUUAUCAGAUCAAUGUGACCAGCUCCUAAACCAAAACGAUUAUCAAUGCAAACAUUGAGUGGUAAACUUUCAUUUUAUAAAUCUGAGGUACAGAUUUGUAUUUUAUUGGUAAUAAUGUAUUAAUGUAUUUGGGUGAAGCUGACCUGUAUAGUAUGUGUGUGUAUGAGAGUAUUGUAACAGACCUGAGCAUCGAUCAUUUUACCAUUUUUUUAUGAUUCAUCAAAUGUUGGCAUGGUUAUUUCUGAAGAGUUGUCUCCCUUUAGUGUGAAAAUGUGUAUGCCUAUAUUUCCUGUUUGUGCGUGUAUUUAACCAGUUUACUCUUGGUAUCCAUUGUUUUAUUGUUUCUUCAAGCUUUCGGUGAUACGAAACUUACUAGUCAAUCAGUGUUUAAUAUAUUAUUGGUAUGUAUAUAUAAUUGUAAAAUUCUGUUCGACUCAAGCUUCACAUUAAUGGUACCUUAUAUACAAGUUUAACUUGCUUCUUUUGUACCUCUAUUUUGAAGAGUUCCUUGCAUAAUUGGUUACAUUUUGUGUACUUCCUGUAGUUGUCAGUGUUUUAGCUUGAAAGAGUUUCUUUUUCUUGCAGAAGUCCCAUAUAUACUAAUGACAUAUCAGGCAGUGCAAUUUCCCCUGUAUCCUAGCAACUACAAAGCUCAGUAUAUAAAGAAAUCUACGAGCUCCGUGAUUGUGUAGUAUACUACUAUUGGGUCCCACUGGUUGUAUAAUGACAUGGGGAGAAACCAGCUCUGCUCAUAUGUCUUUUAAAACAUUGUAUACAUGAUAGAAAUUAAACAGUUAUGACAAAAUAUAUUCAUUGUUGGAAGAAAGAAAAAUCUAUCAUUUUUAUACACAGAUAACCAUAGCUUUACAAAUCAUUUCAUUGUAUAUGUUGGAAUAAAAACAGACAUAAAUGUGGAGAUGAAUGAAGAAGUCAUUGUCAACAGCAUCUCAAUAAUUGUGUACUCAGACCUGCCAACCCCAUGAUGGGAAAAUGGAUUCCUCUAUGAUAUAGCCUGUUCCAUUUACCUGUAGGGUUGUCAGGGAGAAAAGUUUGUAAAACUUCCUCGAACUGACAAUGAUUAUGUGUAAAUGUUUAGAAACCCUAGAAAAUUUGUCUCCAGUAUAAAAGAAAGUUGAAAUAAAUUAUGAAUUUAAAAUGAA